AUGAUGCCAGGGCAGAUCCCCGACCCGUCCCUGACGGCCGGCGCGCUGCCGGGGCUGGGCCCGCUGACGGGACUGCCGGGCACGGCCCUGACCGCCCAGGAGCUGAAGUACGCCGACAUCCGCAACAUCGGCGCCAUGAUCUCCCCGCUCCACUUCCUGGAGGUGAAGCUCGGGAAGAGACCUCAGCCUGUGAAAAGUGAGCUGGAUGAGGAAGAGGAAAGGAGGAAAAGGCGCCGGGAGAAAAACAAAGUAGCAGCAGCACGAUGUCGUAACAAGAAGAAGGAGAGGACGGAGUUCCUGCAGCGGGAGUCUGAGCGUCUAGAGCUCAUGAACGCUGAGCUGAAGGCCCAGAUAGAAGAGUUGAAACAGGAGAGGCAGCAGCUGAUCAGGCUGCUUCUGUGCUGCAGGGGCAGCACUGAGCAGAGGCAGCAGCUGAACCUCAAGACGCCCGAGGGCGAAGCCAACCCGCUGCUGGAGCAGCUAGAGAAGAAGUGA